AUGGCAGACGCACCCCCGUACUUCAUCUACAAGCUUGUUCCCUCCACCUCCCCGGUCCGCGAACCUCUCCCGGAGCGGCUCCCUGUCAGCGAGCUCGACAACCAAUCCGGCUUCAUCCACCUGUCCACCGCCUUCCAGGUCCCCAACACCCUCAAGCUCUUCUUCAAGGAUGAGCCUUUAGUCUACGUCCUGCGCAUUCUCUACGACAAGGUGGAGGAUGACAUCAAGUGGGAGAAUCCCGAGGGGACCGUAUGUGGGCCCCGCCCGACGGAGGGAUUAUUUCCGCAUCUGUAUAAUGGCCUGAAGCUGGGCAAGGAGGAGGUGGAGAGUAUAUCGAUCUGGACUAACGAGGAUGGAUGGGAUAAGGCGUUGACGCAGGCGAAGCCUUGGUUGCUUUAUUGA